AUGCGGACCAAUGAGAUCAGUCUGGAAGAUGCUCGGCAUGGCAACCCCAGCGUCGAGGAUGUCAACUCUUGUUUAGCAGGUCUCCCAACAACAGCACGCUGGUACAUCGAUGUCCGAGACUGGGAGGCGAAUGGGAAGAAUCUGCCCUUUUUAGAAUCCCUUCGUCCCGACGAGCAGAAAGCCGUGACAAGGUAUUACCAUGCCGCAGACAAACGCAUGUCGCUGGCCUCACAUCUUCUCAAGUAUUUAUAUAUCCACCACGCCUGUGGUGUUCCAUGGAAAGAAAUUAUCCUCAGGCGCACGGACAUGCCCGAAAACCGACCAUACUACAAAUCUAUCUCUGACACUCAGGUGGAAUUCAACGUCACCCACCAGGCAGGGCUCACCAUGCUGGCGGGAACCAUUGCUCCAACUUCAGAACAAAUGCAAAAACACUCCACCAGAGGCACCUUACCGCAGCAGCCUCGGCUGGGCAUCGACGUGACCUGUGUGAACGAGAACCGCCGCAGGGUCAUCAAGACCAUGCCCGAGUACCUGGAACAUGUAUCCAUUUUCGUGGAUGUAUUCUCAGAUCGGGAGCUUGAGACUAUGAAAAAUCCAGCAGCUGCCCUCCGCCAAGCUCGAGCACUCGGCCUCGCAAAAGCAUUCGAUGGCUCAAACACCGAAGAAACGAUUGUCAGUUUUGGCGUGCGUCUGUUUUAUUCAUACUGGGCUCUCAAAGAAGCAUACCUGAAAAUGACCGGAGAUGCUCUUCUGGCUCCAUGGCUACGAACUCUUGAAUUUUCAAACGUCGUUCCCCCCGACCCUGUCAAUCCUUUACAUGCUCCGAAACCCUACGUUCAAUCUCAAAAUUCGAAAAAUAUCCCGCAAUCACCCAGAAACUGGGGCCCUUCGUUUGAUGGUGUCAAGAUCACCAAGGCAGGGAAGCCACUUGAUGACGUUCGUCUUCAACUUGUCGCAUUCGAGUCUGAUUACAUUGUUGCGGUUGCUGGUCGGGGUCUCCCUGUUGGUGUUUUCCCGGAAGUGAAGUGUAAUGAGGGUCUGCAUCAUCUGCCUGGACAUAUCACUGUGCGCUCUGGGGACGAAACGGAGGAGUGUCGCAUUCCUCUCAGUACUAUGAAAAUUAUUGGUCAUAUGGAUCCGUGGAAUAUUCCAUCUUCAAUCACAGAUCCUUGGCUCCCGAUGCAGGAGGUCGAUAUUGAUCUUGAUAUCCGGGCUUGUGCAGAAGGUCGAUGUGCUCAUCCUGAGAACCCUAAAUCCGUUCUCUCCGGUGUUCAAUUACGUGAAUCGUUGUAA